CACACGUCCAAAUGAUUGGGUGAUAGUACGUGCUGCCGCUAGGUUGGAUGUGCGUGGUGACGACAAGUUUAGCAUUUCGAUGUACCGGGCGGGGCCUAGUGGAGCCUGCAGGCUGCGGUGAUACGAGACCGAAAGGGAAGCCGGGGCAGGCGGCUAAGUGGCGAUAGGAGAGCGCGGCGCCGAGCGGCCUGCAGGCUGACGUGAUGGUGGAGAAGGCUGGUUGUGGACGAGAAUCCAUGCCCUCGCUAAUCCCUGGAGGAUUAAAUCCUACUCUUUCGGGUAGUUCCCAAAUGCAUCCCAAACAGGGCAUGAAGCUGGAGGCUGUAAUGGAGCAGCUCCAGAAGCAGCAAAUGCAGGCUGCCCGAAGCAUGGAAGAGCGCGAGAGGCAGAUCCGUGAAACACAGCGGCUCUAUGCACAACAAUUAGCUUCUCAACAGCUUGUGAAAUCUGUCCCGCCUGUUGUGCCAAUGAGCAGGACACAUCCACCAAUUGGAGCCCCUGCUCAUGCCAGUGAUCCUGAGGAAGAUGAGGAGAUGGAUGAGGAUGAAGAGAGUGAGGAAGGUGAUUCGUUUGGAGACGACGAGGAUGACAGGAUGGAACAGGGUUCCAUACUAGCACAGAAGUACCUCCAGGCUCAGCGUGAACAGCAGGGUAUUAAAAUGUCCAGUAUGCAGGGCACUCCAAGCCAGCGUCCUCUGGCAGUGAAGGAAGAGCCGCCUGAGGAAAGCUUUAGCUCCCCUUCAGCUAAACAACUAAAGCAAAAUAUGGAGGAUCACAUCAAACAGGUAAAUAAAUCUUGGACAGAUGACCCUGAUUCAAGGGGGAGGGAGAUGUCAGCUGACUAUGCAAAACUCUAUGAACUGGACAGUGAUCCAAAACGAAAAGAAUUCCUGGACGAUCUCUUUGUAUUUAUGCAGAAAAAAGGUACUCCAAUCAGCCGAAUCCCAAUCAUGGCCAAGCAGCUACUGGACUUAUACAUGCUCUAUAAACUGGUGACCGAGAAAGGGGGACUAGUUGAGGUGAUAAACAAGAAGAUUUGGAGAGAGAUCACAAAAGGCUUAAAUUUGCCGACCUCCAUUACCAGUGCAGCCUUCACACUUCGCACACAGUAUAUGAAGUAUCUUUAUCUGUAUGAAUGUGAAAAGAAGUCACUUAGUUCUCCAGCUGAAUUGCAAGCUGCCAUUGAUGGGAAUCGACGAGAGGGCAGACGCCCAAGCUAUGGCUCUUCAUCCUUUAGUUACUCUCCAACCCCAGUAGGACCCCAGAACUUGCUGGGAGCCCCCAAACUUCCUAUGCCCUUGUUGGGGGUACACCCAAGUACCCGAAUAUCCCCUAUAACCACAAUGAAGAAAGGUGACAGUCCUUCAAGUUUGGUAUCAAACCGAAUGUCACUGGGAGGGCAAUUGGCAUUGCAACAGACUCCAACAGGGAUGAGAACAGCAUCAUUAGACCAGCUAAAGGAGCGAUUGGAAACUGGUGAGCCUCCAGAAAAGCGAGCAGCACGAACGCCAGGAGAGGAGCACCAGAAGCUCAUGCAACAGGCACUCCAGCAUAAUCUACUGAGCAUGGCACGACAGAUACCAAUGAAACUUAAAAUCAACGGGAAGGCACAGGAUCGGCAGGAUGGUUCUCUCAAUAUGGGCACUGGCAGUAUCAACAUGUCAAUUGAAAUUAAUGGCACCAUGUAUACAGGCAUUCUGUAUGCUCAGAAACCGGUUCCUUUAAUUGCUGGCUACACUGGACAGAGUGGGGGAAGCAGCAGCAACACAUCCCAGGCCUCCCAAAGCCCCACUUCCUCAAGGGGCACCCCAGGAGGUGAGCCCUCUACAAGCUGGUCUCUCUGAGUGCCCUACAGCAGGACACGUGAAAUGGAAGAGGAGAGAAUUAGCUUAAUGCUACUCAUCUGCUCUGCAAAAAAGCGUUACACAACCGUACCUACCUCAGCUUACAAGAAGACAUCGACUCCGCUUACCUCAACUUUAAAGAAAAAGGUUCCACAACAGACUUACCUCAAGUUUUAGGAUGGCAUUACAUAAUUUAUCUGAUGAGCAGGAUAUGGAGGAACAAGGGAGUGCUAAUAAUGCCUCCUCAGAUUUAUCCUCCCUUGGUUCACCAGCUUUUAUGUUUUUUAUAUGGUAUUUUAGGAACAAUAAUUAGCAGUACACCUCUGUCUUCUCUCUGCCUGCCUUACAGUCUGCAGAACUUCAACUACUUCUCCUGUGCUUCACAACUGGACUAUUCAUUGGUUGUUAAGACUCAGGGGGGUAAGAGGCAGUGGAGGGGGACAAUUCUGCUGACUUUGAGAUUGUGUGACCACUUCCCCACUUAAAAAGGGAUUACGUUCCCACAGUGGCUGUCACACGAUCCCAAGAUGUUUUUGGAUAAUUGACUUUUACAAUAAGAGAUCCUGGCUAUGACUGUAAGGAGUUUUAGCAUACUUAUAUAUCGUAAAGCUGGUUUUAAAGUAUCCCAUCAUUAGGAAUGUUUUAGCUCCUAGUUUUAUUUGCUUUGUUUAAUGAACACUGUAAGAAUGCAGUCACAGUAUUUUUACCAUUUGCAAAAUGUACAUCAUCACACUUUACACUUAUUUAAGCUAUUUUGGGAUUAUUGCCUCUUCCGUCAGAACCUUAACCGGUGUAACUACCAAGUUUGCUGCUCUUCUGUUUAAAUGCUGACCAUGACGCUCACUACAUGCUAACAUGACCCUGCAUGUCUGUGUUCCUUUGCUCUGUAACAGCUCACUAAUACCUUGGUUAAUCGUUUUGUAUCUUUAAUCAUUAUAUAGAAAUAAUUUACCUUUACCUCUGAGAAAGAUGUUUAAAUGUAAACAAGAAGCUGCAGACUACUAUUUUUUUAUUUAUUUUUUUCUAGGGGAAUCUGAAGUACAGACUUCCUAAAAUAGACUUGUCCAACCUGGGGCCACAAUGGAUUUUAUCAGAGCCUCCAUUUCUCCAUACUGAAUGAUGCAGGUGUGGCUAACCUUUUUUUAAGUGUGUACCCAUAUAGCUGAUAAACUCUGAUCUUAAGCAAUCAUAAUACCUUUGUUUAAAGGGUCAUUAAAGAAACAUUAUUUUUCUAUAAUAUACACCAAUUAAAGCUUCAAUGCUCAUAUGAAAAUAAUUUAUCAAGCACAAAAAUAGCAGCCAAUGAAGGAAUAUGGUGGUAGCACAGAGGAACAUUGCCGGCAGAAUUGUUUUCAGUGCCACUGGGUCGCUACACCCGGAAUAGUGGAGUUUUUAAAACGGGUGUAUCUUGCAACACACUGUUCGCAAAAUAGUAAUAUUCAUCCCAAAACGGCAAAUGUUUACUGUGGAGAAGUGAAGCUUUGUAAGAAAAAAAAUAUGGAUGGAAUGAAAUCCAUUGUGGUCCUCAGGUUACAAGUUUGAAUCUCCAAGCAUUAGUGAUAAGAUUCUUAAACGUACUGGCUCUUUAAUAGAGCAGCAACUUUGAAGAAAUGUUCCUACUGGAUCUCGCCUGUCUUGGCAGCCAGUAGAAUUAGUUACAUUACAAAAUGUGAUUCUCUCUUGAAAACUCUCUAUUUGUUGCUUGUAAUAAUAUAAACCUCAGGCAAACAAAGGGAGUUAUUAAAGGGACAUUGUAGAGCAAAACAAAAAAAGUUCUGCAUUUUAUUAUAGCAGUUGAUUUUUUUUUUUAAAGAAUUAUCCCCUGAUGCACCAGAUGAGGGCAUGGUUGGUAGUUGAACUAUACAUGUGUAUAUCGAUUUUAAUUGGCAUAGCCGCUGUAUCCUGAUCUGGAGCAGCAGGGACAUGUGCCUGGAGUUUAAUCAUUUAAACACAAAGCUAUAGAAGAGAAUUACUUAAAAAAAAUAAACUGCUUUAACACAAUAGAACAGAUUUUAUUGCUAGAUUGUCCCUUUAAGGAUCUGUUGCGUGAUUUUGGGAGCCCAUAGUUACAAGUAAGUGGAGACAAGGAAUAGCUGCAGAGGAGGUUUCUGCACCAUUAUUUAAAUACUAACUUGAUAUGAGGGGAGAACUUUGUGUUCCUCUUCCGUCAAUUUAUUCUGAUCUUUUUUACACUCAGGAAUAUUUAGUUCAUAUAUCCUAAAUAUAUUUAUAAAUGUUCUUUUUAUUUAACAUUAUUUUUUUAAGUUCAUACCAUAAAAUCCCUGCUGGUUCAUCUAAAUAACAAUGCAAUAUUUUGAACAAUGUAGGUUCACUGAGAUGUGUUUAAAAAAGAAAAAAAAAAAGAAAGCUAUAAUUUUUUUUUUAAUAUUUGUAACUUGAAGAGAAAAUAUAUUUGCUAGAUUUCCAAAAGAAAGCCCUAAACUUGUUAUAUGUACAAAUAGUGGUGUGUGGUUAAUGAGAAAAUAUAGGACUACUGUACCACAUCUUAAAUGCAUGUGCACAAAGGGGUGUCCAAUAAUACAGUUUGGUCAUUUCUGAAUUGCACAUUAUGGCCAACACCACCAUUAUGACAAUCCUGUUGCCUGUAAAGGCACGUUGCAUUCUCAAUCAUUUGUUUAUUAUGAACUUGUUAUGUGUUUUGUGUGUGUUUUUAUUGAAUUGAAUUUUAAUUUGGGAAGAAGAUAUUUUACAAAGAGGGGGGGGGGGGGAGACCUUGAAAUAUGUGUGCCGGAAUAACCAUAGCAGACGGAUACAUUUAGUGGGUAAGUAGUAGCCUGCUACCCAUAGUAGUAAGCAGAAGGAAUAGUUUACAGUAACUUUAAUUAUGAAAAAAGUAAAAGUUAUAUUUAAAAAAUGUUUUUUUAAUAAUAAUAAAAAAACUGCAGUGCUAGAUAACUGAGCCACGUGUAUUCUACUAAUAUACAUUUUAAUGUAAUUUAGAAGGAGUUGGGCAGUGAGUGGCAGUUUGUGGAAAUUUCUGUUGUUGGCAUGUUUUUGUGUUUUUUUUGUUUUGUUUUUUUGUAAAUUAAAAAAGCAUUCAUUGUAAUUUUGAUGCUCUUAACGAUUUUGUAUAGGAGAUUGAGAGAAUAGAACUUACCUGUAAUAGGGGAGUCCUGCUCAAAAAAGAAGUAAACUUCCAGAAGUUUAAAUUAUACGUGUUAAUGUACUGUAGUGUUUUAUUGUCUAAAGUAACUAUGCAUGUUAGAUGCUGCUUAUGUAAACUACAAAACAGGGAGAGCUGUGAAUUCAACCUGUGUUGACCCUUUAAUUCAGUUAUUUGAAAGCUGUGUAAUAAAUAGUUACUGGCA